CAUUCUUUGAAGAAGAAGAAGAUCAUUUUGCCUACAAAUGAAGAAGUUUGUGAAAAUUUCUACAUAUCUAGAGUUUUUUUCACUUUGUUAUUGAAAGUUUUUCAACAAAUAGUAAAUUUCGCUUCUCAUUGUAUUAAUAAAUAUAAAUUGUGCUGAAAAUGUAUAAGGAAGUGGCGUAAAUAAGUAGAAACUCAGUGCGAGUGCGAAAAAUUAUAGGUGCUGCCUUGCGUUGACUUAUUGUUGAUUGCAAUUGUUGGGGAAAAUAUCUCGGCGUUGAUAUUGAAGGAGGCGCGGCUGCAGCACUGAUUUCGUCGCAAAGGAACGCAAUGCUGGAGUAAUUUUUAACCUGCCAUUUAUCGUUGCCAUCACUCUGACUCACUCUGCACCGUUCGUUGUGAGUCGUAGAGCACCUCUGCAUACAGCAGGCCAAAAUAUAUAUAGUAUGUACAUAUGUAUUCUUGUCAAAUACCAACGUCAUCGUUGAAACGCAUUUGCUCAAAAACUAUUAUUAACCGAAAUUAAUAGUGUGUUUACAUUUAUUAUCUGUGCUAACGUCAUCAUCAAAGCGAAACCUCAUCAUUCGCUAAUUUUGUGUGUGCUCACAGCAUUAAAUUAACAUUUCAACAUACAAAUAUACAUAUGUACAUGUAUAAUUAACCUCGCAUACGUCAUCAACUACAUUGCACGCGCCAGAAAACUAUUGAAAAAGAAAUCGCAAAAAUAUCGCUGACAAACUAGUUUACUCUACUCUACUCAAUAACGUGCGUGUGUGUGCACCUUAAGCGCGAGACAUUUAAUUAAUUUCUUAAAAUAUUAUUGUAAACAAAUCAUACAAAGAAACAUAUUCAGCAAAAAAAAAAAUUAAAUAAAACAAAUAUUUACUCGCUUUGGCCUACAAACUAUGGCAGAUUUAAUGCGUCUAGGGAAUGUGGAUGCUGGCAUACAUAAGGAUAAACUUGGUUCACCGACUGGCGGCUUGGAUGACGGUAAUUUAGCUGCUUUUGGUAUAAGCGCUGCACUAAUGGCUACAGGAGGUAUCGAUAUGGGUGACUUGGCCCAGGAAUUAGAUCAGGAUGAGUUUGACGGACCGAAUAUGUUGAAUGGUGAGCGUCCAGCCAUCAUUGCUCCACCGGAGAGUGAAUGGUAUCAUGGGCGUUUGGAUCGUUAUUCCGCUGAAUCGCGUCUACGCGGAACUGGCAAACUGGGCAGUUAUUUGGUACGUGAAAGCGAUCGCAAGCCUGGUUCGUAUGUAUUAAGUUAUUUAGGACGCACUGGCAUUAAUCAUUUUCGCAUUACUGCGGUGUGUGGUGAUUUCUAUAUUGGCGGACGUCAAUUCGUUUCGCUGAGCGAUCUCGUUGGCUACUACACCUCAUGCAGUGAUUUGCUGAAACGUGAACGCCUGGUGCUGCCGGUGCCACCGCCGGAGCCGGUCAAUGAUAAGAAACGUGUUGUGGCGCAUUUACCCUAUACCAAAAUGGCUGACACCGAUGAGUUGAGCUUUCAAAAGGGCGAUAUAUUUUUUGUACAUAAUGACAUGGGUGACGGUUGGCUGUGGGUGACCGCACAUCGCACUGGUGAGCAGGGUAUGAUCUUUCGUGAACUAGUCGAAGAUUUGGAUCCCGUAAUCGAUCCAAAUACGGUCUUUCCAUGGUUCCAUCCGAAUUGCACCAAGAAUGAAGCGGUCGACAUGCUGGUGAAAGCCGGUCCAGGCAGCUUUCUGGUGCGCCCAAGCGAUAAUUCGCCCGGCGAUUAUUCGCUCUUCUUUCAUAUAAACAAUCAAAUUCAACGCUUUCGCAUUGAAAAGAAAGGCGUGCGUUAUCUGAUGGGCGGACGCACUUUCGAGUGCUUGGAUGCAGUGAUCAAUCGUUAUCGCAAAGAGCAAAUCGUCGAAGGUCACUCACUCAGUCAUCCAGUGGUAAACGGUUCACAGCCUGAAUUCAAUCAACAGUUUGUGGUGGAGAAGGCAGCCGAAAAAAUAUAUGCCACACUGCGCGAAUGUCGUGAUCAAAUCGGUCUGAAGAAGAUAAAGGGCAUCAAACAUCACGGCCAUUUGUUUAAGAAGUCUGAUAAAACCGCCAAAUGGAAACAACUGUACUUUGCGCUUAUCAGCGAGGGCAGCGAAACACAUCUCUGCUUCUAUGACAAUCCGAAAAAGACUAAGCCGAAGGGUCUUAUCGAUCUAUCGUGCGCGUAUCUAUACCAGUGCCAUGAAUCGCUUUGGGAGCGGCCAUAUUGUUUUCAAAUAGUCGAGCGCGCUCUGCCCUGCUUGGCUAACAAUACGUAUCUGUGCGCCACGCAGGAGACGUACGUGGAAUGGAUUAAUGCGCUCAAAGCGCAGUGCAGUUCACAAUUCAGUCGUGCGCAAAUCAAAGUGCCGUGUUUGCGCGAAUUGCGCUGCCUCAAUUUGCAUGUGCUCGAGGCGCAUAAGCUGCCAUUCAAAUUGGUGCCGCAUCCGUAUUGCAGCAUCUCGCUGAAUCAAGUGAAGGUGGGCAAGACGCGUGUGAAGAUCGCGCCCGAUCCAGUGUGGGAGGAGGAAUUCGUGUUGGACGAUGUGCCGCCGGAUGUGGUCUCGCUCACAAUUACGCUCAUUUCGCGUGGUAAGCGUGGCAAAGACUCGGAAGUCGCCGAGCUCACCAUCGAUUUGGCCAGUUUGAAGAACGGCCAAGAGACGGAGGGCUGGCAUCAGCUCGCCGGCAUGACACCCAUGGGCGAGUGGGGUUCAUUGCGUUUGCGCAUGCGCUAUUUGGACGACUUGAUUAUGCCCUGCGAGGAGUACAGUCCGUUGCAGGAGCUGCUGCUCGAGCCUGAAUUGUGCGUGGUUAAAGCAUUGGCCGAACUGUGUCAUAAUGAUCGCGUGCCGCUCGCUACGGCGUUACUACGCGUAUUCCGUCACGAAAAACGAGAGACGGAGCUAAUACGCAUACUCUGUCAAGCGGAAAUCGCGCGCGAAAACGAAACGACCACACUUUUCCGCGGCGCCUCGCUGGCCACCACGCUAAUGGAUCUGCACAUGCGCACCGAGUGCUCGGGUUUCUUGAACGCAGCCGUUUCGGAGACGGUGCAGCGCAUACUCGACAGCAAGCAAUCGGCCGAACUCAAUCCCACCAAGAUGGAUGUGAACGAUGAUGCUUGCUCGAAUGCCGAAUUCCUGUUGCAGAUACUCGACUCGGUGACGCAUUCGAUAUUCACCUCGCCCGAGGCGUGCCCACGCAGUGUGCGCUACAUAUGCAAUUGCCUGCAGAAGGCGGUCGUCGCCAAGUGGCCAACUGAGCGCUUGGUGCGCACACGCGUUGUCUCCGGCUUCAUAUUCUUACGUCUGCUGUGUCCGUCAUUACUGAACCCACGUCAGUUUGGUUUGGUUAGCGAGACGCCACCAACCAUGGCCACGCGUUCUCUAAUUAUGGUAGCCAAAUGCUUGCAGAAUCUAGCAAAUCUCAUUGAAUUCGGCGGCAAGGAACAAUACAUGGAGGUGGUCAAUCCAUUUAUAUUGAAGAACAAGGAACGAAUGAUAGUCUUUCUCGAUCAAUUAUCACUGGUCACGGAUCCAAAUCCACCGCCAGGCAUGUUCAGCGAACAAAACUCCAAUCACACCGUGCAGGAUACUGGUCGCGAACUGGCUACACUCCAUCACAUUUGCGUCUCCUACUUGCCGGAGUUGCAAGGUCUCUCGAAUAUACUCUCCAUUAAGAAGUUGGUCACCGUCACCGAUAUGCUGACAAAACACAAGCUGAAAUAUCGCGAGAAGAUUAGCUAAGAUGAAAGUUAUGAUGAUGUCAAUAACUCCUGGAGGAUAAUAGCCAAACAGUAACAUAACAACAACAACAACAAAAGCAGCAACUGUCACCAAAAGUCAGAGCGUCAGUGCGAAGGGGAGAUGAGAGUGCACAGUUGAAUUUAGCAAAUUAAUAAGCAACACCAAAACCAAUAAUUAAUUAUUUAUACAAUAGCAACAACAAUGGAUAUCGUAAAUGCAAUGCGUGUGUGAAUUCUGUAAACGCAAGACAUAAAACAUAACCUAACCUAACACAUAAGUAGAAAUUAGGAAAUAGUAGUCGAAACAGUGAGCAAAAUGCUGGUCACAAAAACAAAAACAAAGAAAAAUAUUUAAUUCAAACAUAUUUUGCAUUUGUAACGCAAGCGAAGAGUCGAACUAACUGUACUUUGUUUUGCAUUUUCGCCUAAGCGCGCGCUUUCGCAAGCAAUUGCUUAGCAUUAUGAAAAAGUAUUGUUUUAAGGCUGUAAACUCAAAUUAACUUUUUAUACUUUCGAAAAUUCGUAAACUUGUCGAAAUUUUGUGGUUUUCGUGCGGUUGGAGCGCCACUCACUUGUUUCCACCACUCACUUGUGAAAAGCUGCUCUUCAAGCAAAUGCCGUUGCCUUUUUUGUAUCAAAUAUUUGUAUAAAUAGUAUUGUAAACGACAUUUUCGUCUUACAUGUGUUUUCGAAGCCAUCUUCAGCUUUCUUUUUAUUUGGUUUGGAAUUACUUGUUGUUUCUUUUAUUUUUAUUUUUUUUUCGAUUUAUUUUUUGUGCUAAAAUCUUUGUUAUUCGCAACGCGCUUCCGUCUGCUUCAUUUGCACAAAUUUUCUUUGCAUUGCAGCAAUCGUAUUUACUUUCGCAUUUAGCUAGACACUCGGCGCUCUCUUCCUUACUUUAGUAACGCGUAAAAUAUAUUUUUUUAUUACUUGUACAAUUUAAAGUUUUUAUCAAGUGAAUUUUCGCUUCUAAUAAAUACAUAAAUACACCUUUUAUCCGAAAACUAUUUUAAUAUAAA